GGCUGAGGUCAUUACACAGCCAGUGUGGUGGGCCUGGUAGGAGCGAGAUCGACUCCCCUCCGUCGCCUCCAUUUUGAAUAGCGAUGUAAUAAGGGAAUCGCAUAGUUUGUAUCGACCGCUGUGCCGCGCAGUGUCAACAAGCCACAUCCAAACAACAUCCUUCCGACAUGGACGACCUGUUCAGUCCGCGAAGGAGCUUGAACAGCACUCAAGGCGAGAUUCGGGUGGGACCAAGUCAUCAGGCUAAGCUUCCAGAGCUGCAACCACGACCAGUACCUGGUUUGCAGACUCCGACGGAGAGUGAGGAGCUAGUAUGGACGCCAGGGGUAAAUGAUUGUGACCUGCUCAUGUACCUCAGGGCCGCCAGGAGCAUGGCAGCAUUUGCAGGGAUGUGUGAUGGCGGUUCAACGGAGGAUGGAUGUUUAGCAGCUUCCCGUGAUGACACAACACUAAAUGCGCUGAACAUGUUACAUGCAAGCCAUUAUGAUGCAGCAAAAGCUCUCCAGCGCCUGGUCAAGAAACCUGUGCCAAAGCUCAUUGAGAAAUGCUGGUCAGAGGAUGACAUGAAGCGUUUCAUCAAGGGCCUAAGACAGUAUGGCAAGAAUUUCUUCCGCAUUCGGAAAGAGCUGCUGCCCAGCAAAAAGACAGGUGAACUGAUAACGUUCUACUACCAUUGGAAGAAAACGCCGGAGGCUGCAGGGAUGAAGGCUUAUCGGCAACACCGCCGACAGCCAUCAUCUCGCAAAGCCAAGACCCGCUCUGCGGUGGCCCCUGUGAAUGCUCCAUCUCGAUCUCACUCAAUGGACCUCAGCUCUGCAAGCGAGGAUGACCUGGACAGUGAGGACAGUGAGCAGGAGAUAAAGAGCUACAGCUGCGGCCAUUGUGGCACAACAACUUCCAAGGAUUGGCACCAAGGGGGCAGAGAAAACACCUUACUUUGCACCACCUGCCGCACAUACUACAACAAGCAGGGCCGUCUCCCACCAGCACAGAAACCUGCAGACCCUCCAUUCAUGUUUAAACCAGUAAAAGAGGAGGAAGAGGGACACAGCGGCAUGCAUGGGAUGAGGACCCGGCGGAGCAGGGCACCUCUUUCGUCUCUCAGAAGCGGCCACAAGAGACUUACGGGUUCUCCCACCAGCGAAGACCAGCAGUCUAGCAGCCAGCCUUCUCCGAGUGGCGCAAGUUCCGUGUCUAAUACUUCAAGAACCUCUUCCACUGACAGUAAGAAUGAGCCUGCGAAAAAGUCAAACAAGAAGAUUAAAGAGGAAGUGACAUUACCAAAGACAACAAAACGUACAAGGGAGAGCGUUGUUCAGGAAACUGAUGACCCAGACAAAGUUGCACCUAAAAGGCCCAAGACACAGGGGUCUCGGUCAGAGGGAGAAGUAGAGGAGGAAAGUUCAGACAGCCGCAGUGCUAAUGAUGAUGGCAGUAGUGACACCAAAGACAUUGAUCAGGACAACCGCAGCUCCUCUCCCAGCAUCCCCAGCCCUCACCAGGGUAAUGAGAGCGAUUCAGACUCCUCUGCCCAACAGAAUGGUCUCCCACCAGAGCCUAGUGCCCCCACUGCUGUCCCAGCAGAAACACAAAUGCCGCAGACCCUACCCUCUCAGAGCCCACUCGCAGCUCCCCAGCCACCCAAAACCACGGCCUCUGCUGAUCCUGUCCAGACCCCCUCUCCCCCAUCACCGGAUCCUCCUCAGCCUGCCUCUGCUCAACCCACUGGGUUGAUAGGCUUGCACAGCCGUCCACAGCCCUCCUCUCACUCUCUGCCAGGCCCCCCACCCAUCCCUUCAGUAAUGAACCAGAGCUUUCCUCUUUCACAACAGUUUCCAAUUCCACCUUCUGUUAGCUCUGUGUCCAAUCAGCCUCUGCAUCCAAAUGGCCCCUCUCCUCAGGUCUCCCAGCGUCCCCCUCACUUCCCAAGGGAACCCCAGCUCCUCCAGGUUCCUCCAUCUGGCCCCCAAAUCAAACCACCACCUACCACUCCUAUCCCACCUUCACACAAGCAGCUACCACCACACCUGUCUUCUACACCUUUCCCUCAGAUGCCUUCCAACCUCCCACCUCCCCCAGCUUUGAAGCCUCUCAAUUCUCUGCCCAACCAGCAUCCUCCAGGUGCCCCUCCACCCCCUCUUCAGCUCAUGCCGCAGUCCUUGCCCAUGCAGUCCCUUUCAGCUCAGCCUCCAGUGCUCUCUCAGCUCCAGGCCCAGCCUCGAAGCAGCCAUCCCUCUCACGCCCCCAGUACUGCCCCGCAUGCCAUCACCUCUGUUGCAUCAUCUGCAAUGGGCCCCGUCCCCAACCUCCAGCCAUCCUUCCCAUCCCUCUCUAUGAGGCCCCCACCCAGUGCCCCUGUGAGUGAAUCACCAGUUCACAUUAAAGAAGAGCCAAUGGAUGACAUGGAAGAGGCAGAGAGCCCACCCCCUCCGCCAAGAAGCCCCUCACCAGAGCCCUCCGUUGUAAACAUCGCCAGCCAUGCAAGCCAGUCUGCACGGUUUAUCAAACACUUGGAUCGUGGCUACAACUCCUGUGCGAGAACAGACCUGUUCUUCACUCCACUUGCAUCUUCCAAGUUGGCCAAGAAAAGAGAGGAAGCCGUGGAGAAAUCCAGGAGAGAGGCUGAGCUCAGUGCACGGCAGGAACGAGAGAGAGAGAAGGACCGGGAGAGAGAGAGAGAAAGGGAGGCAGAUAAAAAUGCUAGAGCCUCCAGCUCCUCCCAUGACAGUCGCAUGAGCGAGCCCCAACUGUCAGGCCAAGGCCACAUCCGGUCGUCAUUUGAGCAACCCCCCACCACCGUAGCUGCUGUGCCCCCCUACAUUGGACCUGACACACCCGCCCUGCGCACCCUGAGCGAGUACGCUCGGCCUCAUGUCAUGUCCCCCACCAACCGCAACCACCCGUUCUUUGUCUCUCUGAGCCCCGGAGACCCCCUGCUGGCCUACCACAUGCCUGGCUUAUACAGUGCAGAACCCAGCCUGCGAGAGCGCGAGCUUAGGAACCUGAGGGAGAGGGAGCUUCGCGAGAGGAUGAAGCCAGGCUUUGAGGUUAAGCCCCCCGAGCUAGAAACCUUGCAUCCCUCAGCCAACCCCAUGGAGCACUUCGCCCGACAUGGGGCUCUGGCACUGCCUCAUAUAGCUGGUCCACCCCACCACUUCGCACCCUUCCAUCCGGGACUAAACCAUCUAGAGCGGGAGAGGAUGGCACUAGCCGGACCGCAGUUGCGCCCGGAGCUGAGUUAUGCCGAGCGACUCACAGCAGAACGGCUUCAUGCUGAGAGGAUGGCGUCCGUAGCCAGUGACCCUGCUGCUAGGCUGCAGAUGCUCAAUGUGACACCACAUCAUCACCAGCACUCUCACAUUCACUCUCACCUCCACCUUCACCAACAAGAUCCUCUCAAUCAAGGUUCCAGCCCUCACCCUUUGGUGGACCCCCUGGCAACAGGACCACGUCUGGCCCGGUUCCCCUUCCCCACUGGCCCAAUCCCCAACCCACUACUCAAUGAUCUGCCUCACGAUCAUGAUAUGCUGCGCCACCCGUUGUUUGGAUCUGCAUAUGCACGAGAGCUGCAAGGCCCCAUCCCCCAGAUGUCUGCUGCUCACCAGCUACAGGCCAUGCAUGCCCAGUCUGCAGAGUUGCAGAGAAUGGCUAUGGAACAGCAGUGGCUGCAUGGGCACCAUCACCUGCAUGGAGGCGCUCUACCUGGGCAAGAGGAUUAUUACAGCCGUUUGAAGAAAGAAGGUGACAAGCCGUCAUGAGUCCCAGAUGGUGCAUGCUGUAAAAACAAAUAUCCCUUAUAGAUUACUGCGUACUAGAAGAAACUUUUUGUAGUGUACUUUUUGUUUUAAUAUAUUGAGAAAAAAUAAUCUUUGUGGAUUUGUAUGUUUGUUCCUCGUUCAGCACUUAAUGGGAUCAUCAAACAAGGUUUGUCUGAUAUUUUAAUAUUAGUAGUUGGUAGUGUUAAAGACUUUAUACUGCCUCGAUUAUAUAUGAUAUCUCCCCGAAUUUCACCUGUUUGUGUGGGAUUCGGGAUGGCAGGUUUCUCCAAUGCGUUAAGCUGUUUAAUAUGCAGUAAGAUUAGAUAUACUAAGACAAGGACAAGAUUACAUCUGUCCAACUUUGAGUUGAACGUCUCCUUUGAUUUCUAAAUGAUUCCCUGUACAGAAUGACUUUGAGAUCAGUGUUUGAAUUACUGAUUCUGAAAACCUCGCAUGACUGUCCCCCCCCCCAACACUUUCCACCGAUAGAGUAGCAAGUUGCAGUGUUAUGUGUUUAGACCUCUGAAGCAUAGUACCACAUCAAUUUUAUUCAAAAUCUGCUAAAUAUUUGUGUAAAUCCUAAAAUUUUAUAUUUCAAAAGUUAUCUUUUCACAAUGUGACCUACGCCUUUGCCCCCUCAUUUUUUGAGAGUGUAAAUAGUACAUGUUCAAUAUUCUAUAUUAUUGGGUAUUAUUGAUAUAAUUGUAGGUGUGAACUCCUGAUCUUCUUCCAUUUGGCACAAUAAAAGGUGAAUUGUUAGGUAAAUGCAGUAUAGUGUUACGAGGUGAGAAAACUGUAGAUUUGAACUAUACUCCGUGUUACCCCUGACAGAAACUUGUUAAAGUAUAACAUGUCCACAGUGUUUUGACGAGAAGAUCACAGAAUAGAAAGAAAUUAAACUUUGGCAUUCUAACAGAAUUUUAAAAAAAAGAAACUUUCAAAAUUCAAUAUUUAUGUGAAAUAAUAUGAAAAAAAACUGUAAAGCAUCGCAUAUUUAUUUCAAUAAAUACUUCUGCAAUGACAUCUUGAUCACGUUGUUUUUGCAGUUUUGAGUUUUUUCUGAUAGCCGUGUUGGAGAUAAUAUUUCUCAAAAGUAACGUUGCGUCCCACACCCACCUAACUUGUGUAGAAAGGACAUGACAGUGGUUGUGGGUUAUUUAUUGCAUACACUUAGGUAAUUGCACAAAUUGAGUCAAAUAUGGGAAAUCGUGUGUACCUAGUCCCGUUUGGUAAGCAACAUCUUGGGCAGCAAUCAUCCUUACACAACAUGCAUUUCUCUACAGUGACCUUACAACAACAGGGGCAAAACAUUAUAGAUUACAACAUUUCUGUUGUCAAGGGAAAUCUUUUUUUGGGGGGGGUAUUCCCCCCCCCUUUUAUCCCCAAUUGUAUCCAGCCAAUUACCCUGCUCUUCCGAGCUGUCCCGGUCGCUGCGCCACCCCCUCUGCUGAUCCAGAGAGGGCUGCAGACUACCACAUGCCUCCUCUGAUACAUGUGGAUGUGGAUACAUGUAGAUACAUGUAGAAAAGAAGCAGUUGUCAGCUGCUUCUUUUCACCUGACAGUGAGGAGUUUCACCGGAGGGAUGUAGCACG